AUGAGUAAACUGAAGCAGGAAGUUCCCAGCCCUGAGUCAGGCGUGAUAGUGAAAACAGCCAAAGAUGGAUGUGCAGAGGGUCUCAUUUAUGGUGGAGGAGGUAAAGAGGGAAUCUUCAUUAAGGAGGUGGUACCAGAGUCGCCUGCAUCGAAAAGUCUGAAACUGAAACAAGGUGAUCAGAUUCUGAGCGCCACUGUGUACUUUGACAACGUGUCAUAUGAAGAUGCCAUUCAGAUUAUGGAGCAUGCUCAGGCUUACAAAGUGAAGCUCUGCUUGAAACGCAAUCCAGACAUCACAGAGACUGAACCAGCCGUCGAAUCUGACGUCAUCCCUGUAACUACUCUCAAGCUGUCUCCUUACAUUCUUUGUGAUGUGUAGUUUUUAAGGUUAAAACUGACGUUCAUAUUUCUGUUGCUCAACAGGAGGAAGAGCUCUAUUCUCCAGAGAUGAAGGAGCAAGCAAAAACUAAGAAGCGUAAUGAUACUCGCAUUUCAUGGCCUAAGUUUCCCUCCUUUGGCAAAGGACGGAAGUCACGUUUUACAAGGUCUCACAGUUCCUCAGAAGCUGAUGAGCAGAGAAAGCUGGAGCUGAGCCCCUCCACAAGUUACACAGAGUCACCUAUAAAAUCUCAGGAUGCCGUCAAAGGCAAGAAGAAGCAUAAGCUAAAGCUGUCUGGUCUAACGAAGAAAAGCCGUGUAAGUUCUUCUGAAGAACAGGACACAGAUGCACCAACACCUGGGCAGGUCAGUGGCGCUGACAUUCACCAGACACAGGAAGCAUCAGACAUGCUUUCACCUGGCCGCCUUGAAAGCCCCCCUGGAGAAACACCUAAUGCCUAUGCGACAGAUGUUUUGACAGUAGUGGAAGACUCAGACUUAAGACUUGAACAAAAUCAACAAAAACUGACUGAACCUCAAACUGUUCAACACAAAGCGGAACUCAUCACUGUAGACGGCACUUUGAAAACAACAGAUCUUACUGUGGCUCUGGCAGAUCAAGAAUCUGGUAUCAAGU